AAUAAUUCCGACCCAAAUCGAUGUUCGUUGUGCCCUGCUAAGCGUCUCCGUCGCGCUUCUCACAUUUCUGACGCCAUUCACAAUGGAUUUACGUGGUUAUUCGCCUCAAACAAUCGUCGCUGGGACACUUAUUGGUGGAACACUUGCCGCUGCAGUGACCUAUGCGUUUUUGACAAGCAGAAAUGGUGAAGAAGCGUCCAGCAGCAGACUGGUGCCCGGAUUAGCGAAUCAGGGCAAUACAUGCUAUAUGAAUGCACUUUUGCAAGGAUUGGCGAGCUGCCCGUCAUUUGUCGGGUGGUUAAAGUCUCUGAAGCCUCAGGAUAUUGGAAUUCAGGGCGGCUUCGUAGAUCACCUCUCCAAUUUGCUUCAUUUGCUCAAUGAGCCAACAGGCUCCACCCUCACAGCUCAAUCAAUAGUCGAAAGUUUAAAGGCGCAUGGUUGGAGUAUUACUGUAGGCGUUGAACAUGAUCUCUACGAACUUUUCAAUGUAUUUGUAACAACUUGGGAGGAUGAAUUGAAGAGUUCCCGGCGUAUUUUAAUGAAUCAAUCGAUUGAAAAUUGUCAUAGUAGUAGUAGUGAAGAUGAUGAAGAUGUGGUGGUGGAAUCGACGAGUUUAAGAGGAUCCCCGUCAAUUAUCAGAAAAUUGAUGAGUUUUCAGAGAUGCGCCUCAAUGGCUCGAAUUGACGCGAGCCUCCGCUCACCGUGUGUCGGCCUAACUGCCACAGAAUACAGAUGUUGCAACACAAAUUGUGGAUAUAGGACAGUAAAAUACGAAUCCUUCACAGUUCUGACUCUGGCAAUCCCAAAUUCUCAAAUGGGAACCUCCACAAACACAGAAUCCCUGCUCCGCCGUUUCUUUUGCUCGGAGAUCAUUCGCGACGCGAUUUGUGACAAAUGUCGGGCUUCUGACCGGAAACAGCAGGGUUUUCUGAAAAAACACGGAAUUGUGAAGCUCCCGCAGACCCUAAUGAUUCGAAUCGAGCGAGUUGGAAUGCUGCCAAAUGGAAGUAUGAAAUUAUCGGAACACGUGCAUUUCGGCGAAUGUCUAUCGCUGCAGGACGUUUGUUUUCGGAAAAAUCCAAAAAUUAAUCAGAAAUCCUACGAAGAAUCAUCUUUGCAUUGGCAAUUACCAGAUGGAACAUCCCGUGUUGUCGGUGGAGCUGAAGAAACAAGAUCCAGAAGAUCACCAAUUCAUCCAUCUCAGGCGGCGAUUUUUGGAGAUUUAGCAUCAAAUUAUGCACUUAUUGACGGUGGCUCAUUCGUUGCCGAGCGACGUGAAGCUCAAAAGUACGCAUAUCAACUGAGAGCAGUCAGUGAGCACAGAGGAGGUCCAUAUUCUGGACAUUUUGUCACUUAUCGAAGAGCAAGUGCUCCAAAUCAUCAUACAUGGUAUUAUACCAGUGAUGCACAGGUAACCCGUGUACCGUACUCCCACGUGGCAGCCUGUCAAAGUUAUAUGCUAUUCUACGAACGUGUCAAACCUCAUCGACUCUACGAAAGGAUGUAAUUUCUGGAUUUUUAUUGAUUUUUUUGAGAAAAUUUUUUUUUUGGAAAUUUCGCAAUUUUUUUCCCAAACAAUUGAUUUAUUUUGUUGCUAGAUUCCCCUUAUUUUUUGUUGUAAAUUUUAACAUUUUAAUGACACAACGUGUAGCAUUUCCUUUAAAGUUUAUUUUUUGUGCAAAAAUUCAGAAAAUUUGAAAAAAAUAUUAUAACUCUUCCCCCCGUCCCGUGCCAUUUUUGUUAAGUUUUGUGUGUGUGUGUGAAAAUGAAGAUUUUUCGUGUUU